UCACUGUACAGAAGUGAGGACAGAGGAGACAGGCUGCCUGCGCGUGCUCGCUCGCUUGCUGUUAUUCCGUUCUGCUUCUACACUACGGGUCGCUGCUGGUGUUGGUGGUGCCUACAGCGCAUGCUCCAGAUCUCUUAGCCUGCGUGCAGCUGCUACCUUCUGCUUCACUGGAAAAAGGUUGAUUAAAAUUCAAGCCUAAUGGAUAUAAAGGUGACGUCAUGGAGCGACCGCCUUCAACAUUACGCAGACCUCCCAGCCAACAUGGACGGGUUGGCUAUGAAGAAAUACAGACGUGAGGCAUAUCAUAGAGUAUUCGUGAACCGAAGUUUGGCAAUGGAGAAGAUCAAAUGCUUUGGUUUUGACAUGGAUUACACUUUAGCAGUGUAUAAAUCUCCAGAAUAUGAGUCCCUGGGUUUUGACCUGACUGUUGAGCGACUGGUUUCUAUUGGCUACCCUCAGGAACUGCUCAGCUUUGUAUACGAUCCAUCCUUCCCCACCAGAGGUUUGGUGUUUGACACGUUAUACGGUAACCUCUUGAAGGUGGAUGCCUAUGGAAACAUCCUGGUCUGUGUCCAUGGCUUCAACUUCCUGCGUGGGCCUGACAUCCGAGAGCUCUACCCCAACAAAUUCAUCCAGCGUGAUGACACAGAACGCUUCUACAUCCUUAACACUCUCUUCAAUCUGCCAGAAACCUACCUCUACGCCUGCCUCGUCGACUUCUUCUCAAACUGCGACCGGUACUCGAGCUGUGAGACAGGCUUCAAAGACGGAGACCUCUUCAUGUCCUUCAAGAGCAUGUUCCAGGACGUACGAGACGCCGUCGACUGGGUCCACUUUAAGGGAACCCUGAAAGAAAAAACAGUGGAGAAUCUGGAGAAAUACGUGGUGAAGGAUCACAAGCUGCCUCUGCUGCUCAGCCGCAUGAACGAAGUCAGCAAAGUGUUCCUGGCCACCAACAGUGACUACAAAUACACAGAUAAAAUCAUGACCUACCUGUUUGAUUUCCCUUACGGCCCAAGGCAAUGCCUUCCGCAUCGCCCGUGGCAGUCUUACUUCGAUCUGAUCCUGGUGGACGCACGAAAGCCGCUGUUCUUUGGCGAGGGAACUGUGCUGAGACAGGUCGAUACGACCACCGGGAGACUCAAGAUCGGAACGUAUACCGGCCCUCUGCAGCACGGCAUAGUCUACUCUGGAGGUUCCUCAGACAUCGUGUGUGACCUGUUAGGUGCAAAAGGGAAGGACAUCCUCUACAUUGGGGACCACAUCUUUGGAGACAUCCUGAAAUCCAAAAAGCGCCAAGGUUGGAGGACGUUCCUGGUGAUCCCCGAACUCGCCCAGGAGCUGCACGUCUGGACCGACAAGAGCUCGCUGUUUGAAGAACUCCAGGGCUUGGACAUUUUUUUGGCAGAGCUGUACAAGCAUCUGGACAGCAGCAGCAACGAGAGACCGGACAUUAGUGCCAUCCAGAGGCGAGUGAAGAAAGUGACCCACGACAUGGACAUGUGCUACGGCAUGAUGGGAAGUCUGUUCCGCAGCGGCUCUCGCCAGACCCUGUUUGCCUCGCAGGUGAUGCGCUACGCCGACCUGUACGCUGCUUCCUUCAUCAACCUGCUGUACUACCCAUUCAGCUACCUGUUCAGAGCUGCACACGUACUGAUGCCCCACGAGUCGACGGUGGAGCACACACAUGUCGACACCGACACAGAGUCGCCUCUGGCUACACGCAACCGCCACUGCGGCGACUGCAAGGAAAUAGACUGCAAACGCAGCCAGCUGACACGCUCGCUGAGCGAAAUCAAACCCCCUAAACUGUUCCCCCAGGCUCCACAGGAGAUCACACACUGCCACGACGAAGACGACGACGAGGAGGAAGAGGAGGAGGAGGAAUAGAUGACUCUCCUUUAGUCAGGCCUGAACUUUUCUUCAUUUCCCUAAGGGAAAAGUUUAACUUUAGUAAAGGGAACAAUAGUAAGGGAUUUUUAGACAAAGAGAAAUCUUAGAGUUUAACUAUAUAGAUUUUUUUUUAACUAUAUGAGAAUGUGUAGCAUGUGAGAGUCAAGCUCAAACGGUUUAUGUAUCAAAGUUUAGCUUGGCUGAAGAAUCCCCUGAAAAGGUUUCUGCUGAUCGGUUUUUUUGGGUUUUUAUUUUUGUGAGUUAACAACAAAAAGUAACAGCGAAGCACAUAUUUCAUUCACAGUAAGCUAUCGAAACUCAAGCUGAUAUAAGACGUGUAUUCUAACGAGUUUACAGGAGAUGCACGACUCAGUCAUAUGAGUAAUGACCGCUAUGCUUCAUAUUAGUUCAUUUCCAGCCUGUUAUUUAUUAGACUAACAUGAUACACAUUAUUAUGCAUCAGGCUGUGAGUUAGUUAGGAAAUGUGCGAUGUUCAAACCAUUAUUUUGAACUGUCUAUAGUCAGAGAAAUAACCCCGCUGGGUUCCCGCUGUUCCUAGGCUCAUGUUUUAAUAUUUUUAUUUUUAUAUAUUUUUUUUAAACACGUUUAAUUUGUACAUCGCUUGCCUGUACAGCAGAUUUUGGCUAAACGCUGCCUCGUACAGGGCUUAAGAGGAACUGCAAAGCACGUGUGUUGGCAUGAUGUGCCUCUUAUUAGAGAGCUGCUCAUGAUGGGAAUGUAAAUGAGGUCCGGAGGGGGGCUGCAGCGCGCCGUGACGGCCAAAGUGACGGCUACGAAAGAAUGCCACUUACACAAGUGCCCCUGUUACUCGGCAACCGCUGUGCCAGGCGAACAACAUAUGGCUAGAGUGUUUUUUUUUAAUUAUUAUUAUUUUAAUGGCAGCGAUGUCGAUUGCCAAGUAUAGUGCAAAGCAAGCUUUCACCAUAGGCACUUCUUUUCUCAUUCAUACACACUACGAAGUAUCAUCGUAUUUUUAUACUCGACAUCUCCGUUUGUGGAGGAAAUUGCAAUCUUUCCAGUGCCAUGUUGCUAACACAGACAUUUCUAGCCAUACCAUUUGCCACGCUGUGCAUCAAAGUGACCUUGAUAUGCAAAAAAUAUUAACAAAAUAAAAUAAAACACUUCUUGUAAAUAGCUGGUGUGAGUAGGGAAUUUGAAAUAUAUGUGGAUAUACAAAAUAUAUAUGAGCAUCAGAUUUCAAGUUAAAGUAGUUUAGAAUGAGAUCACUGAUGAGUUUACUCCCAUAAGGACCAAUAGCAUAAAGAGCACUCUGACUAGUGAUCUUCUCCACUCAGCAAGGUCCCUAUAGCAGAGGUGCCAACAUUUACAGUUUUUUGACUCUUUGCCAAGGCGAUAUGUAAAACAGGUAAAAGUUAACCUAUUCCGUUUUUUAUAUUCCGUUAUUUGUUUUGUUUUUGCACCAACGCUGUCUUGCCAGCCAAUAGAAAACGAGCAGGCAGAACUGAUCUACCUGGACUUCCUGUUGUUUGGCGAAUACACGAAAAUAAGGAAGCUUCUUGUCCACCAUGAUGCUUGAAGCCAGGGGUUAUUCAAGGAAAAUUUGUAGUGGGCAUGCUGAAAAAUUGAUAUUAACAAUUUAUAAUGAUGGUGCCUCUGCUGUAGACUUAAACUGGAAGCAAUAGAUACAAUAGAUUUUAGCCGUUUGUUUGCUUAUUUUUCUUUUUUUUUGAUUCAGAAAGGAAUGAAUAUUAUAUUUGAUAGAAGGGAAUUGCUGAACAGAGCUGUGAAUUGAGUCUAACUGUCUCUUACAAGAGUAGUUAGAGCCAAAAUAAACUCACAUGCUAACUAUAAAGUAACAGCCUUCGGUUUGCACUAUAGAGCGAAUCAGGGCUUACUAACCUUUUGUUUGUAUUGCGGUCAAACGGUGUCCUUUCCAAAGCGUUGUUUUAUUUUUUUGACACAGGUUGAAACAAGCUGUUUAACACGCGAUAAGAUAAAGCUACAUUUUUAUCCAGCACAAAGAUAGAUUGCUGUAUGUACAGUCUAUAGGGUUAUUUUUUAGAAAAAAAUUAGUUUGUCAUAAUUCAGAGGCAGUCGCUGAAAAGGGAAAGGAACAGCAGGUAUUAUUUUCUAAAGAUGAAGCAAAUUUUCUUACGAAUUUGCAACUAUGCAGAUUAUUUUUAUUGACGUGUUUUGAAACUGGAAAUCCGCGGCAGCUCCUUUUCGUUUCGAACCGGACCGUCCGAUCUGUCCGUUUGCACCGGAUCUCAAAGCAGUCGUCUUCGUGUAUUACUGCCGAAGGUAAAAGUAUUGCACAAACAACAAGAAACGAAAACAGUCACCAUCCCAAGAAAACCUUGUAGCAUUUGCGCCUGAACACUGUUAAAACUUUCGAGGAUGAUAAACGCAGUAUUUUGUGUCCCGCGAACGAUGUUACAGCAGAUUUUCAUUCAGAGUAAGAGUAUAGUCUCACCCAGGUGACACUGGUUAUUAAGGUGCGACCCAUAUAUCAAUGCGUGAAUCGAUUUAGUUGCACCCGUUUCCUUUUCAAAAACAUAGUAAGUUACACGAUUCAUAGCCACAGAACAAUCAUUCAAAAUGUUAACUCAUGGUAUCGAUACAUUACAGCACCCUGUUAGAAAUAACCACGAUGUCACCUCAAAGGUUCCUUAUAAAAAUGUUUUUUUUUUAACUUUUUGAUGGAAAAUAUGAAGAACUUGCGUAUAUUUAAGAACGGCACAGUAUCCACGCGUGCCUUUACACCGACUGUUUCUCGUGCAUUGUUUACAGAUAUGUAUAAAGUGAUAAUACAUACUGUACUUUAGCUCUUUUGGGAAAUUUUCUUGGGUUCUGCUGUUGAUUACAAAAAAAAUAUAUAUAUUUUUUUUCUUUUUCCAAGGCAUUUUCGGAAGUGCAGGAACCUGUCCUGUAUGCAUAUGGAACAACCAUUAAAAUCCCCUUUGUUCAAAAAGCCGACAAAUUCAUUGCUGCGUAAAUGUACGAGGUGCGGGGGAAAGGUUUGCCGUGUUAUGAUUCCUUGUGUUCUGUUUCCCACAAUCACGGCAUGUGCUCGUAUGUAUCUUUUCAACUUGUACAUUAGGGGAGGCUGCACUGAAAUGUGAAAUAAAGAUCAUCUGACAUAA